UGACAAGCGGAAACCACGCUGAAAAACCGGAAAACGGGCGAGCACGUGAUCACAGGCUCUUCCGGUGGGCCUGUAGAGACUGGGUUGCUAAGGAGGAAUGGCGGUCACCCGGGGCGCGACUUUAAAUUUGAUGUUAGGGAUCAGAUCUGUGAAUAUGCAUGUUGAGAAAACACCUGUAAUGGAUAAGUUUGGGAUAAUAUCUUCCUCUUACUAUGAAAAACUCUUGAACUUUAAUUAUCAAAAUUUAAGUAACAAAAAGAAGCAAAAAUCAAGCCCAGUAUUUUCAAUCACAAAUGAAUUCAUCUUAAAGUUUAAUGAAACACAGAAUCCAGUAGAGAAGGAGGAAUUGUUGGAUCUAGCUAGAAAAAGCAUCAUGAAAUGUAAGAGGAAACUGGGUCUCAGAACCCUGGGCUUGGGGAAGCACGUGGAUCUGCCAGCGGCGUGGACCGAAGUGGUGUAUCUGGCCCAGUGCAAAGGCGAAAUCCAAGAUGAAGCUUUGAAUAUACUCUACGCCUCCCUGGACCAGGCUUCCUUCGACUGUGAUCAUCUGCCUGCCUUAUUUUUUGUUGCGGAAUCAAUUUUAUACAAACUGUGUUGUGAUGCAUUUCUGAAGACAUAUUUGUAUUCAGUCGAAACGAAGCUGCUAAAGAUUGGCUAUUUGAUCUUCUUACGGCUUUAUAUAUAUUUCCUGCACGGUCACCUAGAAGGUUUUCAACAAGCACUGCUUCGUCUUCAGCCGUUCUUAUGCGCACUUUGUUUUGCUGGGGAAUCAUAUAAUCAGCAUCCAAACAUCCUUUCAAAUGCACAAUUUAUCCUGAAAACCUCAGAAAUUAUUUGUAAAAGAGAACUCCGUUCUGGAUCAAUUUUUAGCCUUAUCAGAAACCAGGAAUCAUUUGGGAGCUUGAAUCAUGAUACGGGACAGAGAGGGUAUGAAGUUACGCACCUGCUCUGGCACUGUGUGGCCGCAUGGACCUGUGUUCAGAGGGACAGCCCUCGGCUGAGUGACGUCCUCCAUCACCUCAUCCCGUGCAAAACCCAGCUUCGCAGGAAGUGCUGGGUGGACUCAGUCCUGGCUUUGUUGGUCCUCGGGGAGGCUGCCAAGUUACACAUGGCCUGCUUGAGGGCUUUGAUGGAACUGCUUCGGGACUUUCUCACGAGCAUCCUGUCUGUGCAGAAGCAGGAAGAAGGCAAUAUUGUAGAUGACCUUUCCUGGGCUUGGAAUAUAGUCACUACCUAUAUGACAAUUCUCGCUGAAGUUUGCCUAUAUGCAGCCACUUCUGAUUUGCGAAAAACUGCUUUAGUUGGUUUUUGUGGUUGUAAAAAUUCUCAAAAAAGCACUUUACUCAUGGACAAACCAGAAGAAGAACCAGAAUUAAAAGAAGCCAGCAUUUUAAGUCUUUUGGAGUAUUUCUCUUCAAAGAUAUCAGACAAUUGUGAUCAAGUGAUCUGGAGUGGAUAUUAUAGCUUAGUAUAUAACCUGGUGAAAAUGUUCUGGGAACUUCAGGGAGAUGAAGAACAGGGCGGACUGAGAAACCUAAUAUGGCAAACGUUACAGAAAAUAAAGAAUUAUGAAAAAGAUGUGCGGAUCCAAAAUGCAAUCAAGGUGGCUCAGGCAGAGUUAAAUGACUCGACUGAUCCUUUCACUGGUUAUGAUGCAAAAGUUUCUUCUGAUGUUGGGGAAGAAGUUUUCUCCAAGUAUCUUGGCUGGAGAAUUGCUAAUACCCUUUCCAGCCUCUUCUUUCCCUCUCUUGGCUGCCGGAGUCUUCCUUCGAAGAAACCAUUGAAACAAUCGGAUCAUAUGAAAUACCCAAAGGAAAAGCAGGAGUCUAUGAAGAAAAGAGUUCUACGUUUUACUGUCAGGGAACGUCAUUCUUUAUCAGAACUCCCUAUGUUUCCAUAUCCAGAUUUCUACACCAAGGCAGAUGAAGAGUUGGCAAAAGUCAUUGAUUAUCACUGGCAGGAGGAGCUAAGGGUGCGACAGGAAGAAGAAGCAUUGUGUGAAGCCAAAGAUCGUGAAGACAAAGAAUUAGAGGCCAGAAAACACUUCCAAGAAGUAAUGAAAAAGAGAGAAGAAAAACUGCACAAGAAAACCAAACCGUAUGAACUUCCUCCUAGGACGGAAGCAGUAUCGUUAGAAAAGAAUGUGACACAGAAAAGUUAAGAUUCAAGUGCCCAAAAGUGAUUGCAUGAGACAAGAUGCUCACAUGCUAUUAAAAAAAUUAUUGG